AUGAUGCGCGCGCUGGUCGUCGCCCUCUGCGCCGGCGCCGGUGCGCUCGAGCUCGCCGUCGUGUCCCUCGCCGUGCCGAAAGCGUCGGAGCGCUACGGCGCGGCGGGCCGGGCCUGGCGCUGGAAGUCGGCGGUCCUCGGCGACGACAUGGCCUUCCCCCGGCCGCGCAACGCGCGCGCCGUCGCCGAGGCCGUCGUCGCGUGCGGCGGCGGCGCCGUCGCCGAGGCCGCGGCGCUCGCGACGUGCGCGCGCCUCGACGUCGUCGUCGCCGGCGCCGACGGCGAGGCCGCCGCCGCCGCCGCGCGGGCGUGCCUCGCGGCGCUCGUGCUGCGGCACGGGCCCGGCGGCGACGUGCGGCGCGCGCUCGACCGCGCGGGCGGCGAGAUCGCGGCCGCCGCGGCCGCGGGC